AUGUUAUUACCAUUAUCUAUCUAUCUAUCUAUCUAUCUAUCUAUCUAUCUAUCUAUAUUUUCUAUCUCUGUUUGUUUCUUUCUUUCUAUCUCAGACUCUUCAUAUCUAUCUAUCUAUCUAUCUAUCUAUCUAUCUAUCUAUCUAUCUAUCUCAUCUUUUCAUAUCUAUCUCAGCAUGUUCAUUUAUCUAUUAUCUAUCAUCUAUCUAUCUAUCUAUCUAUCUAUCUAUCUAUCUAUCUAUCUCAACUGUUCAUAUCUAUCUAUCUAUCUAUCUAUCUAUCUAUCUAUCUAUCUAUCUAUCUAUCAUAGUUUGUCUAUAUCUAUCUAUCUAUCUAUCUAUAAUAGUUUGUAUCUAUCUAUAUUUCAUUCUAUCUAUCUAUCUAUCUAUCAUAGUUUGUUAAUAUCUAUCUAUCUAUAUAUAAUAGUUUGUAUCUAUCUAUAUUUCUUUCUAUCUAUCAAUCUAUUCAUAUCUAUCUAUCUAUCAUAUUUGUUUAUCUAUCUAUCUAUAAUAGUUCUUAUCUAUCUAUCUAUCUAUCUAUCUAUCUAUCUAUCUAAGUCUAUUAAUAUCUAUCUCAGUCUGUUCAUAUCUAUCUAUCUAUCUAUCUAUCUAUCUAUCUAUCUAUCUCACCUGUUCAUCUAUCUAUCUAUCUAUCUAUCUAUCUAUCUAGCUAUCUAUCUAUCUAUCAUAGUUUUUUGUAUCUAUCUAUCUAUAUUUCUUUCUUUCUAUCAAUCUAUUCAUAUCUAUCUAUCUAUCAUAGUUUGUUUAUAUCUAUCUAUCUAUCUAUCUAUCUAUAAUAGUUUGACCUAUCCAUUAUCUAUCUAUCUAUCUAUCUAUAUCUUAGUCUAUUUAUCUAUCUAUCUGACAUCUAUCUAUCUAUCUAUCUAUCUAUCUAUCUAUCUAUCUAUCUAUUUUCUUGUAUCUAUUUCUAUCUAUCUAGUAUUCAUCAUCUAUCUAUCUCACCUGUUCUAUUUAUCUCAUCAAAAUAUCCUCUAUCAUAUCUAUCCAUCUAUCUAUCUAUCUAUCUAUCAUCUAUUUGUAUCUAUCUAUAUUUCUAUCUAUCUAUCUAUCUAUCUAUCUAUACAUAUCUCUCUAUCUAUCAUAGUUUGUUUAUCUAUCUAUCUAUCUAUCUAUAAUAGUUUGUAUCUAUCUAUCUAUCUAUCUAUCUAUCUAUAUUUCUUUCUUUUUAUCUAUCUAUCUAUCUAUCUAUCUAUCUAUCUAUCUAUCUAUCUAUCUAUCUAUCUCACUACUUACGUCUGUGAAAUCUUGCUUUCUGGCUUCGUUCUUUCACCUUUAUUUUUAUUUUUCAUUCUUUCUUUCUUUCUUUCUUUCUUUUUUCACGUUCUUUCUUUCUUUCACAUUCUUUUUCUUUCUUUCAUUCUUUCUUUCUUUCAUUCUUUCUUUCUUUCAAAUCUCAGUUUCAUUCGUUCACUCAACGACUUUCUUUCAACUCAUUGUCCUGCAUUUAUUCAUUCUUUCCUUCAAUUUAAUUGGUUUCUUUCUUUGAUUCUUUUGGUUUUCUUCACCUUGAAAUCUUUCUUUCUUUCCUUCCUUAUAUUUUUCCUUCGUUUCUUUUUCUUCUAUUGCUUUUCGUUUUUUUUAUAUUCAACUUUUUUAUGA